AUGUUCAGGGUGCUGCCGACGUGGGCGGCCAAGGCGUGGAACCCGCGGGGUACGGGCCCGUCGCAGACGCUAUGGCGGUUUCUGCUGUUGAAGGUGCUCACGCUACUCUCCCACCACUCUCUUCUGCGCGGUGCAAGCAUCCGCGAGAUCACGCUCCCCGACAUAUUCUUGUACCGACUGGCGAGCACCUCGUCGGUGAACCCGGAGAACCAGCCGGUCGUCAUGGUCAUCGCUACGCGGAACUCGAAGACGUCCAAGGAUGCGCGUCUACAGCAGAGCUACGCUGCGCGGCACCUCGAAGCGGAGUUGUGCGCCGUCGGCGAGACGGGCCUGAACGUGCACGCCGCUCGAGCCGGAGGGGCCCAGGAGCUGGCCAUCGACGGCACGCCGCGCGCCGAGAUCGCGGAGCUGGGUCACUGGGCGCUCGACAAGACGACGCGAGCGUACAUCACCGCCAUUCCGGUGGGGGUGGUGAUGAAGAAGGCCAGUUACUCUGGUUACAAGCAGGACUACUUCUUGGGCCGGAGCAGGGUGGAGCCCUCCGAUAAGCUCUUGAAGCUCCUCGCCGAGCACAUCUUCCCCGGCGUCGACGCCAUCCUGAAGACGGCAGAAGGGAAGGCUGCCGAGGGGUCCGACGCCGACAAAGCCGCGGUGCACUUCUGGCGCACAAUCCAGAUGCUGCGCCGCAUCGUCGCCGAGGACCUAGCGGUGAAGCUGGUCCGCACACCAUGGCACCCAUACGUCCAAGGCUCCCUGCUUUGCCGGAUCCCCCUCUUCCAGCACUGGGCGAAACGGGUCGAGAGGGUCGACACCGAGACGAUCAACAAGCGUCGGGACCCGACCCAAAUUCAGGCAGAGGAAAUCUCUGUCCGCAUGGACACCGAGUACUACAACAUAUCCCUCAAGGCGAAGCUGACGAAGGAGAUGGAGCGCGCUGCGAACGAGAAGAUUGACUUCCUGGAGGAGCUCGAGAAGCGCGACGACACCAUCGCGUCUCUCACCGCCGAGAUAACCCGUCUCACCGAGGCACUCCGUGUGUCAAAAGUACUAAGAGUGCCGGAGGCCCCGCCGUGUGCGACCGCGCAAGCUCCCAGCGAGGGUGGCUCGGCGGAUUCGGCCAACAUGGGAGCCGGCGCCGACGGAGGGGACGACAAACCCCCGCCACCCCCACAGACGGACGAGGAGGCUAGUUACAAGCUCAACGUGGUACAACCGUGGCGGGAGGCCAAGACCGUGAGGGACGCCUGGCGCCUCUGGAUCUCCGCCACCGCUAAUGACACCCGUUGGCUUUGCGACAGGAUCGCCGAGCCGGGGUUCAUCAACCACCACACCCUCCUCGCCGGCGCUAUGCAGGGUGCACUCAACAAGAGGGUGCGCCGCAUGCUGAAGGUCAUGGAUGCGGUGCGCCAGCUACGCGCGAGCGACGGCGACGCCGACACCGAGGCCGUGGUCGACACACUGCACAGGAUCGCGGCAUCGGGCAUCGGGACCUUCGCCGAUGCCCUCACGGUGCUCAAACCGGGAACGGCACCGAUGUUGUCCAAAGAGCUUGGUUUGGGAGUCAAGGGGCUGGGCCCCAAGGUGGUCUCGAAGCUACACCUCGCCUAUGCGCUUGUGGCGCUCAACCUGAAGCAGAGUGAUUGGGUCAAAAUCCUGUUUCCAGACACGUGGGAGGAGCAGAUGCCGAAGACCAAGGCCGACCUGGCGAAGCCGACGGCCCCGGCCAAGUCGACAGCAUCGGCCAAGCCGACCGCUCCGGUGCACCGUCCUCCGACCAAGCGCAAGAAGUCGGCAUGA